AUGGCAAUAGCAGCUUUUGGUUUGAGAUACUUGCUGGAUGAUAUAGGCUGUAAGGUCCUUGUUUUUCUACAGAGGGUGGCCCGGGACUUUUCCAUCUGUACCACCACUCUCCUCACUGUGGUCCAGGCCAUCACCAUCAGUUCCAGAAGCUCUCUGUGCUGGAGAUUUAAGCCAAAGACACCAAGGAAAAUUCUUCCCCUGUUUCUCUUCUUUUGGAUCCUCACUUACUUGAAAAGCAUCAUCGUAUUUCGACACACCGCAAAUGUCAGAGAAAACACAUCAGAAGCUGCUAAAACUAACAAUUAUUGUUAUUUUCAACCAGAAAGUCAGAAAGCCAAAUGGGUAGCUCUUAUUCUAAUGGCCAUGCACAGUGCCAUGUUUCAGGGUGUCAUGGGCGGGGCCGGUGGCUACAUGCUAUUUCUUCUCCACAAGCAUCACCAACGUGUUCUCUACCUUCAGAGCUCUCACCUCCACAAAACUCUUCCUGAAAUGAGAGCUGCUCACAGUGUUCUCCUUCUGAUGUUCUGUUUUCUUUUCUUCUAUUGGACAGAUUGUGUUCUCUAUCUAUUUUUAAAUUCUGUCUUAGAAACUACUUCUGCAAUGUUAGACAUUCAAGGCAUUUUGACCAUUGGGUAUGCAUGUCUCAGUCCCUUUGUGCUGAUUCAGAGAGAUCGAGGUCUGACCUGUUGCAAUUUUCUUUCAGAAAGAAAGACAUUGAAAAUAUCAGUUGCAGUGAUUUGUCAGUGA